CUAGAAAGAAACCACUUUGUCUCUUCCCAAGAUCUAAUCUAAUCACAUUUCCCUCUUUUAUCUUCAACUUCUCUUCUUUUUUCUUCAUUUUAGAUACAUAGAUAGAUCUCUCUCUUGCCUUUCGCUUUAGCUACUUUAAUUUUCCCUCUUCAAUUUAUUCCACUUACUAUUUUUGUUUAUGAGUGAGAAAUUAUUGAAAUUAAUGCAAUAAUAUGGGGAAGAAUAAGCCAAAUUGGUUUUCUAAUGUCAAGAAAGCUCUUAGCCCUGACUCUAAACAAAACAAACAUCAGAAUUCAAGUGGAUCAAAGAAGAAAUGGUUUGGGAAGAAAAAAUUGAACACUUCAGAUUCAUAUCCAGAAACUGAUCAAGCACCUCCUUUUCAUCCACCUGAGGCUGAGGAGGAGAUUAUUUUAACUCAUGUUCAGAAUCAAAACAAUCAUGAUCAUGUUGAAGUUGUACCAGAUGUGGAUGUUGAUGUACCUGUUCCUGAUGUUCAGAUAGAAACUGUUGAGGUUCAAGCCGCUCCAAUUGUUCAGGUUGCUAGUAAACCGAAUGAUGAAGUUGCGGCAAUCAUGAUUCAAACCACUUUUCGGCGAUACUUGGCAAGAAGAGCAUUUCGGGCUUUAAGGGGGCUGAACAGGUUAAGAGCACUAAUGGAAGGGCCAGUGGUAAAACGUCAAGCCAUUAGUACCCUCCGCUCUAUGCAGACUUUAGGUCAUGUGCAAUCCCAGAUUCGUUCGAGGCGGGUCAGGAUGUUAGAGGAGACUCAAGCUCUGCAAAAACAGCUCUUACAGAAGCACACAAAAGAACUAGAGAUACAGAUUGGGGAGGAAUGGGAUGAAAGCAUACAAUCAAGAGAGCAAAUUGAAGCCAAGUUACUAAGCAAGUACGAGGCUACGAUGAGAAGAGAAAGAGCAAUGGCUUAUUCAUUCACUCAUCAGAAAAACGGGCGGAAUGCAUCGAAAUCUAUAAAUCCAAUGUUCAUGGAUCCAACCAAUCCUAGUUGGGGAUGGAGCUGGUUAGAACGUUGGAUGGCAGCCAACCAAAGCCUGAUGGAAAAGGAGAACAAUUCAUCUGCAAAAAGUUCAAUCCGUGGCAUUACCAGUGCUGAAAUCAGCAAAUCAUUUGCUCGUUUCCAGCUCAAUUCCGAAAAUCAUUCUCCAACAGCGAGCCAAAAUCCAGGUUCACCUAACUUCCAAUCCAACUCAAAGCCUCCCAAGCCAGCAAUUGUCAAGAAACUGAAUAAGGCUAGUCCAAAGGUUAGCUGUAUUAUGGAUGAUGACACCAAAAGCAUGACUAGUGUGCAGUCGGAGCGAGUCCGGAGGAGGCACUCCAUUGCUGGAUCAAUAGUGAGGGAUGAUGAAAGUCUUGCAAGCUCUCCAGCUGUUCCAAGUUACAUGGUGCCAACUAAGUCUGCAAAAGCCAAGUCCAGGUUGCAAAGUCCAUCAGCUGCAGAGAACAGUACUCCAGAAAAAGGGUCCUUUGGAAAUGCAAAGAAACGGCUUAACUUCCCGGCUUCUCCUGCCAGAUCAUCAAGGCGGCAUUCAGGCCCACCAAAGGUAGAAAGCAGCUUAAAUGCAGAAAUUACUGUUGGCAACGGCGUGGCUGUUUGAUUAUAUAACCUGAGGAAAAGAAUGCAAAGCACUCCACUAGUAAUGGAAUUAUAUCAUGGAAGAAAUAAGAAAAGUUCGUUUGCAGUUUCCAUUUUUUAUUUUAUUUAUUCAUCCAAAUUUAUGUGUAGCUUAUCAUUUCCUUGGAGGCUGUUUUCUUUACUAUGUUCAUCUAUAUUUGUAUUUUCAUGUAUUUAUUUACUCACAAAUGUGGUUCAUGAUGGUAUUGUGACAGAAGAACAAGUGAGCUGUCAGAAAUCCUUGAGAGCAUUCCCAUUUGGAACUGUUAUCAUUCUGUUAUCUUCAUUCUUGUGAUAUAAAAUGUAUAUUUAAUUUAAUUGAUGACCUCAUUUCUUAUUUGUGAUUUUUUA